AUUCGCAGAUAAUGAAAACGUUAACAAAAUACAAGGACUGCAACAUCAAAUUAAUGAAAAGUCUUUCGUUUAAACUUUGAAACUUCGCUUAACAAAUCGAUCCCCCCUCUUCUCUCUCUAUCUCUCUCAUCUCCGUUUCGUCCCUCUCUCUCUACAAGGUUUUCGCUAGUGGUGUCAAAUAUCAAUUAGCCAUCAAUCAUGUCUCUGAGGCCAAGCGCAAGGACCGAGGUUCGUCGGAACCGUUACAAGGUGGCUGUCGAUGCGGAGGAAGGAAGGCGGCGUAGGGAGGACAACAUGGUUGAGAUCCGUAAGAACAAGAGGGAAGAGAACUUGCUUAAGAAGCGUCAAGUACUUUCGUCGUCUCAGCCGCUGUCUAGUGGUGUUCCGGUCCAAACAUCAACCGUUGAGAAAAAGUUAGAAAGUCUUCCUUCCAUGGUUGCUGGAGUUUACUCCAAUGAUAACAAUCUGCAGCUGGAGGCAACUACUCAGUUUCGUAAACUGCUUUCCAUAGAAAGAAGCCCACCAAUUGAGGAAGUUAUACAAUCUGGAGUUGUACCUCGUUUUGUCGAGUUCUUAAUGAGGGAAGAUUUCCCACAGCUUCAGUUUGAAGCUGCUUGGGCACUUACAAACAUUGCCUCAGGAACAUCUGAAAACACAAAAGUUGUAAUCGAUUAUGGAGCAGUUCCAAUCUUUGUCAAGCUUCUAGCUUCUCCAAGUGAUGAUGUUCGCGAACAGGCUGUUUGGGCUUUAGGAAAUGUUGCAGGUGAUUCUCCUAGAUGUCGUGACCUUGUUCUUGGCCAAGGUGCUUUGAUUCCUUUGCUUUCUCAGUUAAAUGAGAAUGCUAAGCUUUCCAUGCUCAGAAACGCCACCUGGACUUUGUCUAACUUUUGUAGGGGAAAACCUCAGCCUCCAUUUGAACAGACAAGGCCAGCUCUUCCAGCACUUGAGAGACUUGUUCAUUCAAAUGAUGAAGAGGUGUUAACAGAUGCAUGUUGGGCUCUCUCUUAUCUCUCUGAUGGAACAAAUGAUAAAAUUCAAGCUGUGAUUGAUGCUGGUGUUUGUCAACGCCUUGUUGAGCUUCUCCUUCAUCCAUCUCCUUCAGUUCUCAUCCCUGCACUUCGAACUGUUGGCAACAUUGUUACAGGCGAUGAUAUCCAAACUCAGCAUAUUAUUGAGCGAGGUGCACUUCCAUGUUUACUAAGCUUGUUGACACAUAACCACAAGAAGAGCAUCAAGAAAGAAGCAUGCUGGACAAUUUCAAACAUCACAGCUGGAAACAAAGAACAAAUACAAACUGUAAUUGAAGCUGGAUUAAUUGCUCCAUUAGUCAACCUUCUUCAAACAGCUGAAUUCGAUAUUAAAAAAGAAGCUGCAUGGGCUAUUUCAAACGCCACUUCUGGUGGAACCAAUGAGCAAAUCAAGUAUUUGGUGAGUCAAGGGUGUAUAAAGCCAUUGUGUGAUCUUCUAGUGUGCCCUGAUCCAAGGAUUGUGACUGUUUCCUUAGAAGGGCUUGAGAAUAUUCUGAAAGUGGGUGAGGUUGAGAAGAAUGCUGGAAAUUCUGGUGAUGUUAAUUACUAUGCUCAAUUGAUUGAUGAUGCUGAAGGGUUGGAAAAGAUUGAGAAUUUGCAAAGUCAUGAUAAUAAUGAGAUUUAUGAGAAAGCUGUUAAGAUUCUUGAGACUUAUUGGUUGGAUGAGGAAGAUGAAGCUGUGGCUGAUGCUACUGGUGCUCAAGGUGGUUUUAAUUUUGGUGGAAACAAUGUUCAAGUUCCAUCUGGUGGAUUCAAUUUCAAUAGCUGAAUGAAGGGGAAGGUGAAGUAAGUUGGUGGCGUCAGAGGUCAAGUCCGGUCAGGUCGGUCAGUUCGGUCAGUUCGGUCGAGUCGUUGGGUCGGGUCGGGUCAGGUCGGGUCAGGUCAGGGCAUCUCGUGGGGUCGGGUCGAGUCGUGGUCUGUGUUGAAGAGAUGCAAAGGUGGUGGGUCUGUAUGAAGGGGUUGGCCGAGGUCUUUUAGUAGGGGGGGGGGGUAUUUUGGUAAUUUACCUCAAGCAAAUGGAGGUGGGUGUGUCGUUUGAAUGAGGGUUUAUUGAUAUAUUAUACGGAGUCUAUUUGUUUGUUUAAGUUUUUUUUUUUUUUUUUUGGAUACAUUAGUCUUGUAUGGAGUCGGGUUAUGGAUUUAGUAGACUGUAUUUUCUGGGAAAGAAAGAAGAAUAUGAUGAAUAUUUGUCAAAUUGUUUUUGAAUUGGUUUUGUUUUGUA